AGUCACGUGACCGAGCUGUUUCAGGAAAGACGCAGCCGAGAGCAACGUCCAACAUGGCGGCGUCUCCGCUCCGAGUGAGCGGCGGCUUCACGGCGGACAGAUACUGGACAGAGGACAAGGAGCGCGCGCUCAUCGCCUUCUUCUCUCAGCACAGCUGUCUGUGGAACCACAAGUCGGAGAGCUACAAGAACCGAGAGCUGCGAUGGAAAACCCUGGAACACCUGAGGGCCCUUCUGUCCUCACACCCCCCGUCUGUCCCCUUCACAUUGGAGGACAUCAAGAAUAAGUUCAAGAACCUUCGUACCACCUUCCAGCGUCAGUACAAGAUGGUGAAGGCGAGUAAAGUGUGUGGGACGCAGGACGUGUUUGUGCCGCAGUGGAAGCACUACCAGCAGCUCAUGUUCCUGCAGGGCUGCUGGGAGCAGGAGGAGGGCGCCGACGAGCCGCCGUCGCCUCUGAGUCUUCCUCAGGACGAGUCCCUGUCUGUCCUCACGUCCUCAGGAGCCGUCAUCUCCUUCAUUCCCAAAGCGAUCACCUCGUCCUCCUCCUGUGUCUCCUCCAGCCUGACGGUGAAAUGUUGCUGGACAGAAGAGAAGGAGCGAGAACUGAUCAACUUCUACGCCGAACACGGUUGUCUGUGGAACAAGAAGUCUGAAAACCACAACAACCGUCUGCUGCGUCUGAGGCUGCUGGACGCUCUGAAGGUCCAGCUGUCUGACCACACUGUGUCCUUCUCAGUUGAAGACGUGAAGUGCAAGUUCAAGAACCUCCGGACAGUUUUUAACCGUGAACACAAGGUGGCGCAGGCGAGCAGAGGCUCCGCCAAACCCUACGUGUCUAAAUGGAAACACUAUCAGCAGCUGCUCUUCCUCUGCGAGUCCUGCGACGAAGACGACGGUGUCAUGGACGAGCUGCACAUACUCAUGACACCAGAGGACAAGGACGUGGAGCCGGGCGACCUGACGCCGUCCUCCACACUCAGCACCUCCUCCAGCAGCUCCAUCAUCACCGCGGGCGUCUCCUCCUCAUCCUCAGCUCCCAGCAGCUCCACGCUGAGCAACGCCAGGAGCGGCUGUAACUCCACGUCUCCACACGGUCUUGUCCAGGGAAGUCAACCUUCUGUUCGCACUCGUCCAUCAUCUCCAUCGAAGUCCUCUGCUCUGAGUUUCACUGUUUCUGUUCCUAUGGAGUCAGACUCACGCUGCCACUGGACUGAGGACAAAGUCCAGCAGCUCAUAUCCUUCUACUCAGAGCACAGCUGUCUGUGGAACCACAGUUCUGAGAGCUACAGGAACCGUCUGCUGAGGCAGAGUCUGCUGGAGACGCUGAGCAGCCUCCUGUCUGACAGCGAGACUGUGUCCUUCACAGUGGAGGACAUCAAGACAAAGUUCAGGAACCUGAAAACCACGUUCCAGCGUGAACACAAAUCUGUGAGCGCCAACAAAACCUGCGGCUCCGAAGACUUUUAUCUUCCCAAGUGGAAAUAUUUCCGUGAGCUGAUGUUUUUGUGCGACUCCUGUGACGAGGACGACGUUCCCGGAGACAUUCCCACCCCCCAGGCCCCCCCCACCUGCCUCUACUACCACACCAACAGUCAAACGUUCACAAAGCUGCAGCAUGGCUUUGACGCCCCGCCCUCGCCGACGCCCCCGGACUCCCGCCACUCCUCCCCCUUCUCCUCCCCGUCAGCGUCCUCCUCCCACACCGACACCCGGACGUCUUCGGCACGUAAGCGUGCAUGCUCGCGGGCUCCGCCCACCGCCGGGCAGAUGCUAGACGUGAUGAGGAUGUUCUGUCAGAGUCAGGCGGCGGUGGCGCCGCACGCCGGUUUCCUGAAGUACGUGGAGGAGUGUCUGAACGAGACGCCGCCGGACAAAGUGAGGAAGAUGAAGAAGAAGAUCAUCGAGACGAUUCACGGCAUCAGUGAAGAACUUUAGUGUUAGUUUGUUUCUGUCAGAAACUCCAGGUAACGUUUAUUCCCCUCGCUCGUCUCUGAACCUUCACGUUUCUCCACGUACGCAUGUUGGGUUUUCCUUUACUGUAGUACUUCCUCAACGUGGGCGGAGUCAUGACAGCACGGCUGUAACGUGGUUUUCUAUGCGACACAAAGACACAAAGUUUGAAAACCUCUGAUUUAAGAGAAUUUAAAUGAUUAUCAUUAUUAAAGAUGAAUAUUUAGUCUAAAGUCUUUUACUCAAAACUAUUCUCACUGUAAAUGUUUCAGAUUAUUCCUUUUAAAGAGCCUCAUGUGAAAUAUGUACGACAGCGACCUCUAGCAUUUAAAACGAGUUAUGCAGUCCCAGUACAAAACACUGGAGGGCGCUCUUCACACACAAACAUCAUUUUCAGUCACAAACUGACACAGAAAGAUUUUAUGAAUUAUGAAUUUACCUUUAAUUGUAGUUUCUAACACUCUAAUUAUAUUUCAGGAGCAGAAGAGGAGCAGCUGUUUAAAUUAAAUUAAAUUAAAUUAAAUUAAAUUAAAUUAAAUUAAAUUAAAUUAAAUUAAAAUUUAAAUUAAAUUAUUAAAAUAAAAGUAUUAAAGGUUCACUGGAUUAUUCCAGUUCAUAAACCACAGAUAAUCUGAGGUAAUUUUACAUAGACGUGCAUUUUAUUCUGUUUAAUGUUCAACUCUUUUUUUUUUUUUUUCACUUUGUGUAGAGCUGGAAAUGACUCAGUUUUUAUUGUACAUUUUUGUUGUGGAACAGCCAGCAGGUGACGCUGUCUUUGUCUCUGAACUGCUCUGUGAUUGGUCACAAUCUCCCUGUGACAUCACAGAUUUAAUGUAACUACAAAACAAGAAUUUACACAAAGAGAAUUUAGCUCUUAAAAAACUUUCAGAGAAAUUUAAAAUCUAUCAUUUACCUCCUAAUUUAUUCUGUGUAGCCUUUGUUACCAAAACCUCAAACUCGUCAGUGACUUUGUUUACAUUAACAGUAGUCAGAUUAAGAUAAUAGUCUGAUUGAGUUUAUAGUCUGAUUAAGAUAACAGUCAGAUUAAAAUAACAGAGUAAAAUAAUAGUCUGGGCUAAUAGUCUGAGCUAAUACUCUGGUUGAGAUAAUAGUCUGAUUGAGCUAAUAGUCUGAUUAAAAUAACAGUCAGAUUAAAAUAACAGAGUAAGAUAAUAGUCUGAUUGAGGUGAUAGUCUGAUUAAGAUAACAGUCAAUCAGUAACAGUAAAUCAGAUUUAAACGUGGAAUUCAGAUUAUCCUAUUCUAAAAAAGUAGUAAUCAGACUAAGACUAAUAUGGAGUACAUUAUGGAAAGGUGUAUUAAUCUUAAUCAGAUUCUAAUGCUAUAAUAAUCUGACUAAGGUGUUUUUUGUGUAAAAACAUGAACAUAAUUACAGUUGAAGUCAUAUUUAAUGAUUUAUUUAUAUAUAAAUAUAUAAUCCAGAGUCAGAUUAUGAAACGAUCACGGACUACAAAUGUACAAGAAACAGUUAAAUGUUGUUUGAAGUUGAAUGUUUUAUUUUCCUUUUUCUAUUUUUACGCUCCUCAUCAUGUUCUGUAAAUCUUAUUUUGUUGCGGUGUUUAAAAUGUUCUGUUAAAAGGUUUUGUUGAAGUUUAAAUGAAGCAAUAACGUUUAUUAUUUUUUGAUUUGUGUAAAGACACAUUUAUAUUUGUUUGUUUAAGAUUUGACUCACAGUCACUGCUUUCACCUGGAAAUGUGCAGGAAAUCAGCUCUUUAUAUAUUUAUUAUAUAUCAUAAAUAUUAAAAGUAUGUUUACACAGAAAA